AUGAGGCAAGAAUUCACUGGAGUUUUAAUGAUGUCGAUAUGUGAGAAGCCUGCCUCAUCAGUGGCUGCCCUCCUCGACGUUACUCGAGGACCCACUCUUCGUCAGGAUCACCCUUUCCUUGAGGCCUUCCCGUAUCGUGUUCGCACGAAAUAUUUCACAGCCGACAUCCAGCUGUAUGCCUGCGCGGAUCCAAGCGAACUUAGCGAUGCUGAACUAGCUCAGUUCGAAGCUCUUGUAGUCCUCUUUGACGCUAACUGCGAUAACUUCAAGGAAAAGGCCGAGCAGCUGCAACAACUACGUGUACGAUGCUGUAAUUCCGAAGUCAACCUAGCGCUGUGCGAACUGUGCGACAAUGAGCAGAUUAGGAAGAUGUUCUUAGAACGACUCAGCGACUUCGAGCUAAUUGAAAGUGGAGUUAACGUCGACGACCAAGACGAAUGUGGACUCGAAAGAAUGAAGGAGGCCCUUCGGAUGCAUACGUGGUCGAACAUGGUAAUGCACGAUCGUGAAAAGCUCCCCGGAAACCCCCGACUGCCAGAACAUCUGUUCAUAGGAGGCAUAGUUCCACUUCCUCCAUUACCACAGGAGGCCGCUAGUGGAUCAUCUAAGCCUGAAGACGAAAAUCGGGAUGAGGUCAGUGUCUUGCCGCCGACAUAUCCAACGCAACAACAAAAGGAGCAGCCAGCACAAGAGCAGCAGCGAGAUAGCUCACAAAAUGUUUCUGUGAGGGGGAGUGCUGAUGAGGCUCAGCUCGACCCGGAACUGGCAGGAAUGGCUUUUGAGGAACUUUACGCAAAGUUUGCAUCUCUCAAGGGUCAGGCAAUGUCGCUAACUGGAGAUGAACGAAAAAAGUUCGCUGAAGAAGUUGUCUCGCAGUUUUGGAGGGCCAUGGGCCAAGAUGAAGCUGAACUUGGGGGUCUUGAUUCGGACAGUGAUUAA